UGUAGUUCCAACAAAAUAUGGAACUUGAUUUUGGACAUUUUGAUGAAAGAGACAAAGCGUCUAGGAAUAUGAGAGGGACACGGAUGAAUGGGCUCCCCAGUCCCACUCACAGUGCCCACUGUAGCUUCUACAGAACCAGAACCUUGCAGGCACUAAGUAAUGAGAAGAAGGCCAAGAAGGUACGUUUCUACCGCAAUGGGGACCGCUACUUCAAGGGGAUUGUCUAUGCUGUUUCUUCUGACCGUUUCCGUAGUUUUGACGCAUUGCUGGCUGACCUGACUCGAUCCUUGUCCGACAACAUCAACUUGCCUCAAGGAGUGCGCUAUAUUUACACCAUCGAUGGGUCCAGGAAGAUCGGAAGCAUGGAUGAAUUGGAAGAAGGGGAAAGCUAUGUCUGUUCCUCAGACAACUUCUUUAAAAAGGUUGAGUACACCAAGAAUGUCAAUCCCAACUGGUCUGUCAACGUAAAAACAUCUGCCAACAUGAAAGCUCCCCAGUCCUUGGCUAGCAGCAACAGUGCUCAGGCCAGAGAGAACAAGGACUUUGUGCGCCCCAAGCUUGUGACCAUCAUCCGCAGUGGGGUGAAGCCUCGGAAGGCAGUACGGGUGCUUCUCAACAAGAAAACAGCCCACUCUUUCGAGCAGGUCCUCACUGACAUCACAGAGGCGAUCAAACUGGAAACUGGCGUCGUCAAGAAACUCUAUACCCUUGAUGGAAAGCAGGUCACCUGUCUCCAUGAUUUCUUUGGAGAUGAUGAUGUAUUCAUUGCUUGUGGUCCCGAAAAGUUCCGCUAUGCUCAAGACGAUUUUUCUUUGGAUGAGAACGAAUGCAGAGUUAUGAAAGGGAACCCAUCUGCCACCGCUGGCCCGAAAGCUUCCCCAACACCUCAAAAGACAUCAGCUAAGAGUCCAGGCCCAAUGCGUCGCAGCAAGUCUCCUGCUGACUCAGGUAACGACCAAGACGCAAAUGGAACCUCCAGCAGUCAGCUGUCAACACCUAAGUCGAAGCAGUCUCCGAUCUCUACACCUACAAGUCCGGGAAGUCUUCGGAAGCACAAGGUAGACUUGUACCUCCCACUGUCACUGGAUGACUCUGAUUCACUGGGCGAUUCCAUGUGAAACCUGUCAUUACAGCAGAAUGCAUUCGCUCAAGUGACCAACAAGGCUAUUGGUGCUUAAACAUUUUUGUUAUUGUUGUUGUUCUUCUUUUUCAGAAACACUCUGUAGUACGUAGGGUUUAUUUUCUUGUUGACUUCUCCUCUGGGCCACUAAUUCACAAUUACCAAUUAUGAGAGAUAGAUUGAUAAGCAUCCUUUUGAGUGACUUUCCAGAACUGCAAAAUGUGCUAGUUCACGACCUUUCUACUGAAUGCUUAGGGGCCUUUGUACUUUCCCCACUCAAUUUGUUCAGAUGCUAGUCUUUCUUAUGUGGAAGACUGUUUACAUACAUAUCACUUAAAAUGUUUGUGUGUGUGGGAAACAUUCAUAUGCAGAUCUAAGAGUGAAAAACCUAAGUGUCCCUUGCUUCUGUAUCUUCAGAAUGCUGGAGUAUCUCAGGAGCCUGGCAAGUCAGAUCCUUGGCCUCACUCUUUGCCCUUAAUUGAGCCCCCAGUGUAUUGUCUAGCACUAAUCCUGUCUGUCAAGGAGGAGAAACACCAGCUACUUAUAACGUGACACCAUGUGCUUAGGACUAUAGCUGAAAGAGAUGAGGUAGAAUUGGGUGAAAAGCUGCCCAGAUUUCAGUAGUAGGAUUUAUAAAGCACAGUGGAUUCCUGGUCAACCCCUCUGCUGGGGAAAUUUGGAAUCAAUAAGCAAUUGUUCAGUUUGAGUGAUGUCACAUAUCUGAUUCCUCCAGGAGGCUUUCUGACAUACAAAGUGGUACAUGAAUAGUAUGGUAUCCAUCUAGCUCUGUUCUAUUGAAUGCCUUGUAAGCAACCAACACUACAAACACUGUGAGAAUUUGUUUUCAGGUCUGACACCUUUUGGUAGGUUUUUAUAGCAAGAAACCAUAUCCUUUUUAUAAAAACGCAAGUCUGUACUUCAGGAGCAAAACUCUUCAGGCUCCUUUUUUAUAAACUGGUGAUUUUUUUCUUUGUCUAAAAAACACAAGCAGAAAAUUUACCAAAAAAAAUGCAGAAGAAUACUGUAGUUUAGAAAUCAUGCUCUCACUGCCAAACAGAAAGCUCCGGGAGAGAACACAAUGACUAGAGGCCAAUUCAAUAGAAUCAGUCUUUUGAUACCUUUUUAACAAUUACACUUACAGUAAUAAUCUCAACGUGGACCAGACGUUCUAAUUAUAUUUUAAAUGAAAUGUUAUGGCAUAUUUUAAGUAACUUUUUUAUCUAUAAUCCUGAUAUUUCAUACUGAAGAUGCAGAGACCUUUCACUUGUCUUUAACACUAGAAAGGGUUUCUUUUUAUUAAGGAUUGAUCACUUGAAAUAACUCUCGCUCUUUGAGGUUUAUAACACUGAUUUCUGUCUGUAAUCAUAGCCCAUAAUAGCCAAGACGACUAAAUUUAGGUGAAAGCCAUGCAUGCCAAGUCUGUGUUUGAUUUUAAUAGUUAGGAAGAUUUCCUUUAUUUCUUUGUAAUUGCUCAGUUAGUAUGAAAGAUGCAACAUUCAAAGCAAAGAUGUUUGGCUGAUGAAUGAUAUGCAGUUGUCCCUCCAUUCUAAGUAGAAUGAGUGUGGGGCUCGUGUGUGUGUGUGUGUGUGUGUGUGUGUGUGUGCAUGCGUGUGCACGUGUGUGUGUGUGUGUGUGUGUGUAGGCUGCUUCAUAAUUAGGAACUAGUAAAGAACAACUCAACUUGAUUGAUGGCAACUUGGUGGCGUUGCUAAUGUGUAGGGGGAAGUAGAAUGGAAGGGGUAGCUAGAGGCCCCUUGAAAAUUUUCAGAUGUCCUUAAUUACAAGAAACAUUUUUUUUAUUUUGGUUCAGGAGAGUUGAUAAUGGGAAUUCUGGUUUCUGGUUGAACUGAUCACUGAAGAACCCAGAAUGAGGUUCUGCUCUUGCCUUUAUUUUACACCCACAUGAAAUGAUGAAGAAGCCCUAUUUACUUAGCCCUUAUUUCUUUCUAGAAGCUCAGUAUUUUCUUAGUGCCUCCCAGAACGUUUGAGUUAAUUAAAGCAAAUUGGUUAUUCUGGAUGGAUAGAAAUUAUGGUGGGAGGUCUAUUUUUAUCUUCUGGGCCAGGUCUUCCAACACACUCUAUGUCUGUCUUUCAGCAAAUCCCUUGUAGUCCCCUGUCUUCAUUAACGAUGAGAGCGUGGAGAUCCAGACAGCUUAAUGAUCUACUGAGAGAGUAGGAGUAGAGAAACUUCAAAGUUCCUCAUGCCCAGGCUUCUCAGUAGUUCUCCGAGUGUUUUCUUACUUGUGGCAUAUACACCACUGGAGAAUACUAUGGACAUAGUUUCUUUCGAAUGUACGUAGAACAGACACUCUUCUAUAACAACCGUGCCCUUUCUGUCCUCCUUUGAACGAACUACAAGGAAACCUUUCAUAAAUGUUUUUCAUUUAUAGGCAGGCACAUAUACAUCUAAGAAAACAUUUUGUUGUUACUGCUACUUCAUGUGGCAAGGCUUGGUGUUGUUCAAAACUCAAGUGUUCAAUAAUCAUAGCAUUGUGAGCUGGUUCAUAUUCAAGUGACUUUUUUUCAGAACUGAGCUCAUACAUUCCCCUUACUCAUUUCCAGUUUUAUCUGAUCCAGUUUUACCACUUUAGACACAUUGUAAUGCGUAUGCGUGGUCAGUCAGCAAGCAUUUGCCACUGCUUCCCAUCAUGUCUCCCUCUCUAUUACACACACACACACACACACACACACACACACACACACACACACACUAUGUUGCUUGUUCCUACCUCCUGACUUUUCUCCCCCACAGAAAUAGAAAUAGGGGCAACAAAGGGAAAUGUAUAUAUGGGUGCUGGGUUGAACAACUAACUUCGUAAGUAGUGGUAAUUAGAGUUAAAGUGGGAGAAAAACUUCUUUUCUCCUAACUGUUUUGGAAAGGAUAGCCAUUAGCAUGACUGCUUUGUGUCCUUAUGGACUUGGUAUUAGCCUAGACCGAAUCAUAGCAUUUUCCAGCUGGAAGGAAGCUUAAGAUCACAUCAUCUGCUCCAAAAUCUUCAUUUCCUUAAGGCCAAAAAACAAAGAAGUUAAGUAACUUCCCUGCAAGGUCGCACAGCUGCCUAUUGGCAGUGCUGGGAUUAGAACCUACACCUCUUGGCUCUUAUUCCAGGCUUUUUCCCCCCAACUAGUCUGUAUUGUCUUCUGUGAGGCUCCUGAAUCUUCUUUCCCAGGGUCCUGUUGCAUCCUGGUUUCAUAUGCUACUUUGUUCAUCUCAGCAACCGAAUCUGGUCCUUCCUCUUCACAUUCUCAUUGUUUGAUCCACAUGGGUUGCAGACAGCCCCGAAGAGAGAGAGGCAUGGAGGACCAGAGAAAUCCCGACUUGAGAAAUCUCUCAAUAACCCUGCCCCCACUGAAGUAGCCCCGCCCCCACCAAACUACUUCUCUGUUCAAAUGGAAUGGAAAAUGACUACUUUUUUUCCUUAUCAGCUUCCUUCUAUGCCAUUUCACACUCAUUGUUUCUCUCAAGAUAAGACAGUGGUUUCUUCUUUCCAGAACAGAGAAAAUAAGAAAUCAAGAAUAGAGCAAUAUAUUUGUUUAUCCUGACUUUCUGAGAUGACUUUUUCUUUGACAUUUUAAAAACUAGCCUGGCUACCAUUUCUACUAUCAACGAUUUCUUUAAAAUAUGGUACUGAGCCAAGCUAGAGAAAUAUAAUCAAGUCUUGUUUUAGUACUCAAUCUCAAAUGUCCCCAUAGCCAUGCUGUCCUGAUGGAAACAAUUUUCAAGUAUAUACAAGUGGUUUUGUCACUAAACUGUGCCCUGGCUACCAUUAAAUAUUGGUUCUUUGUGCUUCUACCAAAAUAGCACACAAUAACUUUGCACAUUUUAUCCUAGGUCUUUGUGUAGCCUAUUAAUGUGGUUUUCCAUGACAUAAAUUAGGACAACAUGAUCUGUACGUGUGGGUUUCCUUGCAGCAAGGAUCUCGGGAAUCUCAUUAAUAUUAAUUGAGCUCUAGAAGACUUCUUACUAGGUUUACCCAAGUUCAGGAAUUUCUCUUUUCUCCCCCUUUCAAGUUGGGCACGACCAAGGAAUCCUAAAGUGGGUGUGUAGCUUCUAUAUCCUAGAUACUUCUUAGAAUCAUCCAUCACCAGUUUAAGGCAAGCAACACAAUGCUUGGUCUACAUAAAAUUGUGUCUCUAUCUCCAGUCUCUUCAACAUCCUAGGUUGAGACUCCACCAUUCCCUCUCACAUUUGAUUGCAAAUAUGUUUCCCUUUUAGAAAACAAGGAAGUAAUAUAAACCCCAUUUCCUUGGGAUGGGAGAAGUAGCAUGUCUUUGUGUCCCAAAUGAGCUUCUGCAGUGAUAAGAAUGUUUCAAGAGACUAGGAUGCCUCAGAAACAACUGUGUCACGAGACUUCUCUAGCAGAAGCCCCAUGACAAUGUAGCUUCACUGACUUUCUUCACAGCGGUCUAGUUUGCUAUGGAAAUAGAAGCAAUGGAUAUCUAUCUUUUCUUUUUUAAGCAAUGAUUGGAGCUUGUUCUUGGGCACACGAAGUCACUUGGAACCACAUCUAGACCUCAUUUAUACAUUGCCUUCCCUAUAUAAAGAGGUUUAGCUUCUAGGUUCAAACUGGUUUCCUAAGAAGGUCAGGGGCUGGGAAUUGAGAGAUGGCUCAGCAUUUUUAGAGUACUUCCUGCUCUUCCAGGGGACUCAUGUUCAAUUCCCAGCACCCACAUGGCAGUUCACAACUGUCUGUGGCUCCAUUUCCCGGGAUCUAAAAUCCUCACACAGACAUGAAUGCAGGUAAAACACCAAUUAACAUAAAAUAAAAUUAAUUAUUUUUUUUUAAAAGGAAGGUCAGGGAUGUCUGGAGCUCAUAUAGGGAAAUAGGAGUAUCUAUAGUCCUAUGAUUUAGAAGAAAGAUUGAGUUUUGACCUGGCCAUUUAAAAUAUGUCAGAGGUCAUAUAGGACUUCUUUUGUAGCAUAAGAACCCUGAAAAUGCUAGGAUUCCUGAAUUUCUUUCCUUGUCUGGAAUUUAGAAACUGCCAUGCUUCUGCCUCUGCCCUACUGAAACCACAUGUGUAGUAUCACUCACUGUUCUGGGAAUCCCGCAGAAUUUCCUCUUCCUUAAAAGCAUAGCCACCUGGAACAAUGAGAGGUCACUGACUUUUCGUGCUGCCUUUUUGGUUAGAGAGUCAUCUUCCUUGGCUACAAAACAGGGUUUCCUUAACCAUCACACAAAGGCCUCAUCUCUUCUCUCCAUCUAGCCUUUUAGGUUUGCUUCGCAUAUCUCCUCUUUAAGGAUCAAUACAGAGCUCACGCUUUGACCAAGCUGCUGUGAGACUGGCUAGCAUUUGGGAAGCAAAGUGUUUCUUAGUUUACUGAUGUCAAAAUCUUCCAGAAUUAGAAGUAAUUUUUGUUCUCCCUAUUUGAGUUACUUGGAUCUAGGGGAGUAGAGAAUUCUCAUUGGAAAAUAAGGCACUUUCCUGCUUGGGUUAGAAGGGCAGGUGAAUUGGAAAAGGUCAAAUAGAACACCGAAGUCAGAAAAGAAAAUCUUGUAAACUAAAGCAAAGACGUGAAGGCAUUGGAAUGUCUCAUUUCUGGGCAAUAACUCGAGGAAAUAAGUGGCUUUUUGUCGUUCUACUUGCUGCUUCCUUUUCCCAUCGAUGUGCCCAUUUUCAUUCUCAGUCUAAACUGUUAUGAAUCUCUCAUUCCAUAGUUUUCUUUUUUUAAAAAAAAAGACACCCAUUCUUUAAUUCAUACAGUCCUUCCCUCUCUUUUGAAAUCUUUUCACUUCUUCCUUGACUCACCACUGGGCAUAUGCCUCUUUCUUAGCUUUUAAGUUUUGCCUUGGGAUUGAAGAGAAAUUAUUUUCAGUCUCAACAAUUUCAGGUCCUACCCUAUUCAGCCACAAGUAGGUUGAGAAAAUCAAUGCGAUUCUGGCCCUUUCUUCCUUUCUGUUUUAGUCUCAGCAGAUCUUUUCGAACAUCGCUCUCACAGCUCAUGGAUGUUUAGGUCUUUACCUUCUCAGCAAGCAUUGUACAGAACACUUUGUGUUUCAUUUUUAGUCUGCCAUUUCGUGCAACGCUGUAGUGUGCUCAGAUACAUAAUCAACUGAACAGGAAAAAAAUCCACCCAUCCAUUCAAAUUGGCUUGAUAGUCUUAGUUGAUUUCAUUUAAUUUACUCAUAGUUUUAAAAAGCUGCAAUAUAAUAUCAUGAGAGACCACAGGCAAUUGUUCUUGUCAUUUGCUUAGGCCGAGUGCGGAGGGGAAGCAGGAACAAUUUGUUUAAACUUUUACCACUACUCCUUAAGCUCUCUGUUAUAACAUUAUGAUCUGUUUUCUGCCUGUUGAAUUGUUUAAGCUAGACUAGUAGGCAAUUGGGUUCAAUUUAAGCCAAAAGAGUAUUUAACAAAUUCAGGAUACAGAAGAAACUACUUAGUUGAAUGCAUUUGUCCUUCUGAUACUAGAUUUACCUAAACAUUUUCCUUUUAACACUAACUAUUUAUGAUCUAGCACAGGCAGCCCAUUUAUGAGUAAUUAGCUUGCUUAAGAAGUCUGCUAAUUAAUUCAGCAAAGUACACAAUUCCGGAGAACGUCACUACUUGGCAAUACUUAUGCAUUGUCCAAUUUUCCAGUGACUUUUCUUUAUAAAUUCUUUUAAAGGGGGUUGAGAAAGUAAGAGGUUAUGCUAAAAUACAUUCGAUGUUUGGUAGUAUAUUAUGUUGCAGCAUUAAGUCAACAACCCUUUACGACUUGUAUACAUAUAAUGCAUGGUUUGAGACUGGAGUUUGCAUUUUUCAUGUGCAGUAAAUUUAAAAUGUUUUUGGUUACCUUUUUGUGCCAUUAAACUUGUACAGAAAAUGCUUUUAUGGCCAUUUUCAGAGGGAGAAAGUUUAAAAUGGAAACAGCCCCCCCUUUCUGCCCUAUAGCUGUAGUUAGAAUUGAGUACCUGUAGCAAAACAGCUGUAAUUGGUGGUUGUAGUGUUAGAGGUGUUAGCUUGCUAGUGACUACCUUUGGAGAGUAAAUGCAUGGUCUUGUACAUCACAUUUCUUAAAUAACUCAUUUUAGCCUCUGAAAAGACUAUAUUAUCCCAUGUGGCCCUCUUUCCUCGCUCCACUCCCUGCUCCCAGAUAUCUUACAAUUAACUGUAAAUAACUGAUUUAGGGGCCAAGAAUUCCUGCCAAGUAAACUCAGCAAAGAGCAAAUAAACCAAAAAAGGGGAGGAAAGGUUGAAAAGAAUUUUACAACGGUUUCUCAGAAGUUAUUGAUCACCUCUCAAGGAAUGGCAUGGUGAUAAGAACUCACCGCUCCUUUACAUAAACACCAGAGGAAAACUGGGAGUAUCUCUGGUUGCCAGAUUACAUUAUAGAACUGAAUAAUUUUUGGAAUCACACAACCCAAAGAUGUCCUUGAUCCCUGCAUUAGUUUUGAGGUAUACGAAGACAUCAGAAGGCUGGUGACCAAUAAUUUUCUGGGAAAAAGAAAAGCAAAAGAGAGACAUGCAGCAGAAAGAUAGGGGUUUCAGCUACUCCUCAGCCAGCAAAGGCAAUGGCGUGAUGGAUUUAGAUGCAUUGCUGUCUUUCCCCCUGGCAACACGGCACACUCUUGGACUGGGAGUGAUGUGAAGGCAGUGUUUCAAGAAAACACUCUCUUUUUGGUUUACUAGUUUCUCUUGGACUGGUAUGUUAGGCAAGGCCCGUGUAAGCUGGUUAGAGCAGACCCUUUAAAUCUCCCGUGACCGUUAAUCUCCCCCACCAUAAUCUGACGAGGGCUCUUUGGUUUGAGGACUUCAAGGUUGCCUAGGGAAGUUCCCCCAUGUGUGUGAGGUGUUGCGAACCAUGAACACUGUGCAUCUGCAGUGUUCAAUGCUGGGCAGCCAAGAAGCUGCUCUUGUGAUCCUUUUUGGCUCUCAAGCUCUGUUCUCCAUCGCAUUUUCAUUUCUGUAUACAUUUGCAAGAUGUGUGUAAUGUCAUUUUCCAAAAAUAAAAUUUGAUUUCAAUA